CAGAAAUUUGCUGCUUGCAAUUUUCGGCAUAACUCAAAGAUGAGCUUAAGAAAGGUGAUUGAUUUCGGGUCAGUGAUGAGCUGGCAUGUAUUCUGAAUCUGAAGUUGAUUAUUAACCACUUUAGCUCUAGAAUUACUCUGAGACCUGAAAAAAAAAAUACCAGGGUCUGCUCAUAUUUGAGUCUGGGUUGCCGGGUUUUGAGGAUAAUGGAAGUGCAAGUUGAACGUAAGUGACUGACGAUGGGGCCUCUUCUGCUCUAUUGCAAGGGCACACCACAGAAGGACGUUACCAUCAAGUCGGACGCGCCUGGCACCCUGCUGCUGGGAAAGCAUGCUGACUAUAUUGCCUCCUACGGCUCAAAGAAGGAUGAUUAUGAAUACUGUAUGUCCGAGUACUUGAGGAUGAGUGGCAUCUACUGGGGCCUGACGGUGAUGGACCUCAUGGGCCAGCUUCAUCGGAUGAACAGAGAGGAGAUACUGGUGUUCAUCAAGUCCUGCCAACAUGAGUGUGGGGGAGUAAGCGCCAGCAUUGGGCAUGAUCCCCAUCUUCUGUACACGCUGAGUGCUGUCCAGAUUCUUACUCUGUAUGAUAGUGUGCACGUUAUCGACGUGGAUAGAGUGGUGGCGUACGUCCAGAGUCUACAGAGAGAGGACGGCUCGUUUGCCGGGGACAUUUGGGGAGAGAUUGAUACAAGAUUCUCAUUUUGUGCAGUGGCAACUUUGGCUCUCUUGGGCAGGCUUGAUGCUAUUAAUGUGGAGAAGGCGAUUGAAUUUGUUUUGUCCUGUAUGAACUUUGAUGGUGGAUUUGGGUGUAGACCAGGCUCUGAAUCUCACGCUGGACAGAUCUAUUGUUGCACAGGAUUCCUGGCGAUCACUAGUCAGCUGCAUCAAGUGAACUCUGACUUACUGGGCUGGUGGCUUUGCGAACGACAGUUGCCCUCAGGCGGACUCAAUGGGAGACCAGAGAAGUUACCAGAUGUGUGCUAUUCGUGGUGGGUCUUGGCCUCCCUAAAGAUAAUUGGAAGACUUCAUUGGAUUGACAGAGAAAAGCUUCGAAGUUUCAUCUUAGCAUGUCAAGAUGAAGAGACAGGAGGCUUUGCAGACAGGCCAGGAGAUAUGGUGGAUCCUUUUCACACCUUAUUUGGCAUUGCUGGGUUGUCACUCCUGGGAGAAGAGCAGAUCAAGCCGGUGAGUCCCGUCUUCUGCAUGCCGGAAGAGGUGCUCCAGAGGGUGAAUGUCCAGCCUCAGCUAGUGAGCUAGAGGCCGCCGUCAAGAUGCUCCAGUGUGCACUAUGAAAUGGCUGUGUUUGAAGUGCUUGUCAAACCUAAAAGUGACUGUUAAUACUUUGUAUAUCAUAUGUUAAUGAUAAAUUAUAUAAUUAUAAGUAUUGUAAAGUAUAUUUAGAUCUUCUGCUGUGUUCUUAGUACAGUUUUUGCCUAUACUUGAAGUUUGUUUUUGAUGUCUCUAACAAACUUAAAAGCUGGUAUUUGAUGCCUCCUUAUGUCCCUAACCUGUAACACUGAUUGGAAAUGAUUUUAACUGAUACAAGUGAGUGAAACCCAUGAUUUAAAUAAAAGAUGCACAAAACUGA